AUGAAGACCUGCUUCCUUGUCCCUCUCUGCGUGCUGCUCCUCUGCACAAAUGAAGGUAAGCCUGGCCAGCUUUGACAGCACAAGCUGCUAGUCCCUCCUGAUUCCAAGAACGGUGGAAUUGGGCUGUUUUUCAGGAAACGCAGACCAGCCUCAGGCACGGAUGGGGAUAAUCGUUUCCAGCUCAGCCCAGCUCACCUGCCUGCGUGGAUGGCAGGAAUUUGCUAGCAUUCCUAGAAAAGAUGUUGUAAAACCCAGAUCACUACGAUAAGUCUCUGAUACUGUAGAAAGUGUGUGUGUGAUCUGUCAGGCCAUCUGUCAGCGAACCUAUAUUGCAGGGGAUUGGAUGACCACAGAGCCUAGGACUUGCCGAUCAGAAGGUCGGCGGUUCGAAUCCCCGCAAUGGGGUGAGCUCCCGUUGCUCGGUCCCUGCUCCUGCCAACCUAGCAGUUCGAAAGCACGUCAAAGUGCAAGUAGAUAAAUAGGUACCGCUCUGGGAGGAAGGUAAAUGGCAUUUCCGUGCGCUGCUCUGGUUCGCCAGAAGCGGCUUAGUCAUGCUGGCCACAUGACCCGGAAGCUGUACACCGGCUCCCUCGGCCAAUAAAGCAAGAUGAGCGGUGCAACCCCAGAGUCGGUCACAGCUGGACCUAAUGGUCAGGGGUCCCUUUACCAGCUCUACAAGUCAACGACUCUUCUUCAAGUCUCUGUCUCAAAUAGGAUUUUGUGCAGCAAAAGGGCAACACAAGGACUCGUGGUACAGUCUCUGAGAAAAGGAACAAAUGACCCCUUUGUCCUGGAACUGGGAGCCUCAUCCCACUAAGCCAGCCUUUCUCAACCUGUGAGUCCCCAGUUGUUGUUGGACUACAACUCCCAUCAUCCCAGAGCUCAAUUAUUUUGUAGCACAAAUAAUCAAAAUCCUAGCAUUUAUUGAUUUAUAGGGUUUAGGGACGCAGGUGGCCCUGUGGGUUAAACCACAGAGUCCGGGGCUUGCCAAUCAGAAGGUUGGUGGUUUGAAUCCCUGCGAUGGGGUGAGCUCCCGUUGCUCGGUCCCUGCUCCUGCCAACCUAGCAGUUCGAAAGCACGUCAAAGUUCAAGUAGAUAAAUAGGUACCACUCCGGCGGGAAGGUAAACGGCGUUUCCAUGCGCUGCUCUGGUUCUCCAGAAGUGGCUUAGUCCUGCUGGCCACAUGACCCGGAAGCUGUCUGCGACAAAUGCCGGCUCCCUUGGCCAGUAAAGCGAGAUGAGCGCCACAACCCCAGAGUCGUCCGCAACUGGACCUAAUGGUCAGGGGUCCCUUUACCUUUAGGGUUUACCUGCAUCUAUAACAAUAUUGGUGUUGAGGUCUGGGAGGAAAGGUCUUAGUGGCUAGUCUAUGACAAGACAGUGUUGGACCACCAGGAAGGAUGGGUGGGAAACGCGAGUCUAUUCUAUUUCUGGGGAUCUUCUGGGCUGGUGCAGAAACACAGAGCGGCUGUAACUCAUCCUUAAAUGCUUUUGCUUUAAUUCUUUUUUUGAAAUAACUUUUUAUUUGAUUUUCCAAAAUAUAAACAUACAACAAAAACAAUUCCCAAUCUAAUUAUCAAGAUUACUCUGAAUCUCCUGACUUCCUGCCAUCGCUUCCACAGGUCCUAUUGAUUCUAUUUUCAACUGCAUAUCAACACUUCUCCAGUUUUUCAUCUUCCUAAAUUAUCUGUAUGUUCUGUUACAUUACAAGUGUGUUUACAAUCCUGCUAAUGUUUUUGACCUGUUUACAAUGAUUUUGCAUAUACAUUAUAACUGUGCUUUUUUUCCUCUUAAAAAAAUGUUUAGGGGGUACUCUCAUUUUGACUGAGAAAAUCACCAUUUCAUAGUUCAAAUCAGGAAAAAUAAAUACAGUAGAUGGACAAAAGUACAAAGAUUCACAAAAUGUUUAGGGGUAUUCAUCCCCCUGGGUCCCCCCCAGAAAAAAAGCACUCAAUUAUAUACAUUUCCCAUUCUUUUUUAAAUUUCUUGUCUUCUUGAUUCCUGAGCUUCCCAGUUAGUUUUGCCAUUUCGGCAUAGUCUAUCAACUUGAUUUGCCAUUCGUCUCUGGUCGGGGCUGUCUCUUCCUUCCAUCUCUGGGCUAGUAGCGUCCGAGCGGUACCACUGUAUAUCAUUUCCCAAAUGUUUUUAGUUACAUGUCCACCACAUAUGACAAAAAGUACCUUCUUUUUCUUUACAUUCCCAGCGUACAGUGGUGCCUCGCAAGACGAAAAGAAUCCGUUCCGCGAGUCUCUUCGUCUUGCGGUUUUUUCGUCUUGCGAAGCAAGCCCAUUAGCGGUUUAGCGGAUUAGCGCUAUUAGUGGCUUAGCGGAUCAGCUGAUAAGCGGCUUAGUGGCUUAACAGAUCAGCUGUUAAGCAGCUUAGCGGAUCAGCUGAUAAGCGGCUUAGCGGAUCAGCUGAUAAGCGGCUUAGCGGCUUGGGAAAAAGGGGUGGGGGAAGGAAAAAACCCCCGCAGGAACUCGCAAGACAUUUUCGUCUUGCGAAGCAAGCCCAUAGGAAAUUCGUUUUGCGAAGCACCUCCAAAACGGAAAACCCUUUCGUCUAGCGGGUUUUCCGUCUUGCGAGGCAUUCGUCUUGCGGGGCACCACUGUAUAUUGGUACUUGUUCUAUACAUUUUUGCUAACUUUACCGGGGUCAAAUACCACCGGUACAUCAUUUUCAUAAUUUUUUCUUUCAGUAAAGAACAUGCCGUAAAUUUCAGACCUGCUUUCCAUAGCCUCUCCCAGACUGUCAUUUGUAUACAGUGGAAACUUGGGUUACGUCACCCUCGGGUAACGUAAACUUCGGGUUGCGAAAGUGGCAAACCCAGAAGUGUUUCACCGCUCACGCAUGUGCAGAAGUGAUCCUCUGCUUGAGAAAACUUUGGGAUACAGCCAGACCUCCAGAACGGAUCCAGAGGUACCACUGUACAGUGGUCCCUCGGGUUAAGUACUUAAUUUGUUCUGGAGGUCUGUUCUUAACCUGAAACUGUUCUUAACCUGAAGCACCACUUUACUUAAUGGGGCCUCCUGCUACCGCCGCGCCGCCACCGCAUGAUUUCUGUUCUCAUCCUGAAGCAAAGUUCUUAACCUGAAGCACUAUUUCUGGGUUAGUGGAGUCUGUAACCUGAAGCGUAUGUAACCUGAGGUACCACUGUGUUAUGUCCCACGUCUUUCUCCCUAUGUGUCAUCACAUGCUUUUGCUUUAAUUCAAUAAUUCUUUCCCCAGUUCACCCGCUGUGGUGCUUCACGUGCGAACCAUCGUCCAGCAACUGGUCUUGCCUGAAGGCCACCAAGUGCUCAGAGAAUGACAAGCACUGUCUGACCACAGUCGCCUCUUUCAGGAUUGGUAAGUUGAAAGCAGGUUUCCAGUUCAGCAAGACAAUUAACCCAUUUUUAAGCUCUAAAUGUUGCAGCGAAAGCAACAAUAACAACAAUAUAUUAUUUAUACCCCGCCCAUCUGGCUGGGUUUCCCCAGCCACUCUGGAUGGCUUUCAACAGAAUAUUAAAAUACAAUAGUCUAUUAAACUUUAAAAGCUUCCCUAAACAGGGCUGCCUUCAGAUGUCUUCUAAAAGUCUGGUAGUUGUUUUUCUCUUUGACAUCUGAUGGGAGGGCGUUCCACAGAGCGGGCACCACAACCGAGAAGGCCCUCUGCCUGGUUCCCUGUAACUUGGCUUCUCGCAGGGAGGGAACCACCAGAAGGCCCUCGGAGCUGGACCUCAGUGUCCGGGCAGAACGAUGGGGGUGGAGAUGCUCCUUCAGGUAUACAGGACCGAGGCUGUUUAGGGCUUUAAAGGUCAGCACCAACACUUUGAAUUGUGCUCAGAAACGUACUGGGAGCCAAUCUAGGUCUUUCAAGACAGGUGUUAUGCGGUCUCGGCAGCCGCUCCCAGUCACCAGUCUAGCUGAUGCAUUCUGGAUUAGUUGUAGUUUCCGGGUCACCUUCAAAGGUAGCCCCACGUAGAGCGCAUUGCCGUAGUCCAAGCGGGAGAUAACCAGAGCAUGCACCACUCUGGCGAGAUAGUCCGCGGGCAGGGAGGGUCUCAUCCUGCGUACCAGAUGGAGCUCAUAAACAGCUGCCCUGGACACAGAAUUGACCUGUGCCUCCAUCGACAGCUGUGAGUCCAAAAUGACUCCCAGGCCGUGCACCAGGUCCUUCAGGGGCACAGUUACCCCUUUAGGAACAGGGAGUCCCCCAAACCUGCCUUCCUCCUGUCCCCCAAAAACAGUAUUUCUGUCUUGUCAGGAUUCAACAAAGCAACAUUUGGUCAUGUGCUUUUUGGGCAGAAUGUUCCAGGAUUGAUGCCAGGAAACGGAAUUAUCUUCACAUGUGGUGGGGGUGUAAAUAUGUUCAAUAUUAUUUUUCGCAAAAGGAGAUAACAGAAAUCACUGAGUUAAAGCUGACCGAAAGUCCAGAGGUAGCAUUAUUAUCCAUUUACGAUGGGGUGGAAGGUUCGCAGACUAUGAAGGACUCGCUCACAAAUUUAUUGACAGCUGUACGAAUUAUUAUAGCUAGGAAGUAGAAGGGGCAAGCAGAAUAUAAAAUGGAAAAAUGGUAUAAAGAGCUGUGGGAUAUAGCUUUUAAUGAUAAUUUAACAUGUGCCAUUAAGGUAAGAUAGGGAAUAUGCAGGAGAAAUGAUUUUGAAGAAAUAUGGAAGGUGUUUGUAGAUUUUGUACUGUUAAAACGGAAAGGGGUCAAACCAUUGCAAGAGGUGUUAAAAUUGCGGGAGGUUGGAUAACUACAAUGGAAUGGUCUUGGUGGUGAGGUGCACAUUUUUAUUUUAUUUAUUUACUUUGUUCAAACAAACAAACAAACAAACAAACAUUCUCAGGAGGGGUGGCAUUUGGGACCCACCUGGUAAUUGAGAUCCUGGUCUCCUGCCCUGAAAUCUGGCCCUUUUUGCAGAAACUGUCAAUCCUUGCCAAAUUCCAGCUCAAGGUAACAGGGCUGUGGAAGAACCCUCCUUUUCUGUUUGAGACUGUCCCACCAACCACCACCAAUGGAAAGCUUUUAAUUGCCCAGCCCAGGAGAUUGCUGAUUUCCCCGCAUCCACUACUGGCAAACAGGAAGGCCUGUUUUUAUCUAGCACAUAAAAACACGAGAAGAACCUGCUGGAUCAGGGGCCAUCUAGUGAGGCAUCCUCUUACAGGGACUAACCAGAUGCCCCAAUGGGAAUCUGGGUGCAAGAGCUACUCUCCUCUCCUGCGGUUUCGGGCAACCGGUGCUAAGCCACUUUAGUUAACUGUGAGAUAUUAAAUGCAGGUCACAAGUCUCAGGGUCCUCGGACCCUUCAAAAUACAGUCUGAACAAAAUUGGUGAAGCUGCAAAGAAUUUAUUGAUUGCAACAGCAUUCUUGCAAGAACAGGGGCCCGAAAUUAGGCACAUCCAAAUCCAGCAAAACACAAGCUUAUAUCACCGAUCCUCGAAUACAAGGUUCCCUUCUCUGCUCCCCAUUGGCUGGGGACGUGCAGGGUUUACUGCCUAUCACGACCACCUACCGUAUUUUUCGCUCUAUAAGACACACUUUUCCCCUCCUAAAAAGUAAGGGGCAAUGUGUGUGCGUCUUAUGGAGCGAAUGCAGGCUGCGCAGCUAUCCCAGAAGCCAGAACAGCGAGAGGGAUUGCUGCGCAGCGCUCCCUCUCUCUGUUCUAGCUUCUGGCUUAGCCGCACGAAGCCUCUUCAGGGCAGGGAGCCUUUAUCCCGCUGCCCUGAAGAGGCUUCGCACGGCUAUCCCUGAAGCCAGAACAGCUGCGUAGCGCUCCCUCUCUCUGUUCUAGCUUCUGGGAUUCAGAAUAUUUUUUUUCUUGUUUCCCUCCUCCAAAAACUAGGUGCGUCUUAUGGUCUGGUGUGUCUUAUAGAGCGAAAAAUACGGUAAUUAAAAUACUAAAAUCCAUGCCUUUGUUAUCAUCUCCCAUUCCUCUGAAUUUCACGACCACCACUCAUGAUUAUUUUUGCGUGGACAGGCGGAGUCUCCCAAACCCUGGGCGGCCCCCGUGUGGAAUAACGACUCAAGACAACGUGCUAUGGGAUUAAAAUUGGCCACAACUUUAUUUUGUUUCAGAUGUGGGUAGACCUAGGCCCAGGCACUGGGUGUUUAUCCCUCCCAGGCCCCCGCCAGGGAUCUGGGGAACAUCAGGGUUAUCCAAAGUGUGUGUGUGUGGGGGGGGGGGGUUGGCUCUGGAGAACAUAUGUUCAAGCAGAGAGAGCCCGCCCCAGUUACGCUGCCGUCGUAGGGGAGAGCAAUGACGACCUCUAGGUGUACGGCCAACGCCUCCCCUCAAACAACCCCUUUAACGGGGAAUCGCCGCCGCAAAGAGAAGGAGGGCAUGGUCACCGCUACCCACCCAUCCCCAUUUAGGGAAGAUAGGCUAAAGGAUUCCGCCCAAGGCCUGAUACCGCCAAAGUUGUGACGUUUUGCUAUGGGAAAGGCAAACCUGCCAAUGCAGGAGAAUUCCUUUCCGGUCCUUCAACAGCGACGUUGAUGUAGCAACGCCCGCGUACCUGUGGAGAAAAGGUUAACCUGCAAAAGAAGUCUUAACUGAGGGGGGGUAGGGUGGGAGAAGCUCUGGAGCCAACUGACGAUUCCCAGGUAAGAUCCUCCCCCUAUUGUGUGGGCAGGUAGUCCCUCCCCCUACCUGGCCUGAUCACCUUGGCAACGCCUCCCCAGGCAGGAUUGGGCAACUAACAAAACAAAACAACACAAGCAACACGAUGACCAGUAUACUAGAUCGCACUGCAAUUCUUAUUGCAUAAUAUACAUAAUUUGCUACAACAACAACAAAAUGUGUACACUUGUAAAUUCUCUAAUAUGUUUAAAAUCAAAUGAACACAGGUCUGUCAAUCUUUGGAAGUCCGUAGAAGUAUAAUAAAUCUAUAGUUGAAACAGUAAUAGAUGCUAUCCUGUGGGCUAAGUGGUAAAACUUUUUAGGUGUUCAUGGUGCCGAAGUUGUAAGUAAAUAACAAUGUAGACAGUGAUCCUGGAUAAGCUGACCUCCAGGUAUCCCACCUGGGGAAGGCGAAGCCAAGCCUGUGCUAAUUAAUGGUGCCGCUUAGGGUCCAGGGGGCUGUCCAUGACCACGCAAAGGGCACCCCCCCAUUUAAUGUGGGGAGCGGUCAUUGUUCAUGCUUUCAGGUGUUUUACACAUUGACUCAAGCGAUAAAGCCGCAUUCUGAGCGGGUUCUCCAUCUGCUGACGAUGUUGGGAUUUGAGUUCCCACCAGCUGUGAGGAAGCAGCACAUUGUAGACAUCAUGUGAUGUCUCUGAGCAUGAGACAGGAAGUCCCAGCUAGUGUAACGCAGCUGGUGGGAACUCAAAUCCCAACAUCCUCCCCCAUUUGAGGCAACACUAUCUGCGAAAACAAGUGCAGCAUCAAGAGAGAAAAACAAACAGCUGUUAUACACAUAAUAAACCCCUGUUGUCCCAGCUUCAUCUUUGGAACUACCUACGACUGGAUCCACCAGUUCAAAUCUCUGGUUACCUGUCUUCCAAGGAACUAGAGCUUCUGCUCUACCUUGGUUAGGGAGAAUUGUGUUGCGCCUUGCAACCUCCAGGGGUGGCUUUGUCUCUGACUUGGACAAACCUUGAACCUGGCUUGAGUUGUUAACUACAGCUAUACAUGCAACAGCUGAGUUCUCAGUGUAACUUGAGAACGUACUUUCACUUCUGAGGUAGAAGUUGGGAGUCGAGCCGUAGCUACUCAGGAGAGCAGACAUGCUUGUAUUAGCUCCAUGUACAGUCUUAAUACAGUGGUGCCUCGCAAGACGAAAUUAAUCCGUUCCGCGAGUCUCUUCGUCUUGCGGUUUUUUCAUCUUGCGAAGCACGGCUAUUAGCGGCUUAGCGGCUAUUAGCGGCUUAGCAGCUAUUAACGGCUUAGCGGCUUAGCGGCUAUUAACGGCUUAGCGGCUUUAAGAAAAAGGAAACAAACUCGCAAGAACUCGCAAGACGUUUCGUCUUGCAAAGCAAGCCCAUAGGGAAAUUCGUCUUGCGGAACGACUCAAAACGGAAAACUCUUUCGUCUAGCGAGUUUUUCGUCUUGCGAGGCAUUCGUCUUGCGGGGCACCACUGUAUAGUAGUGAGUUUUACUACGGACUGUCUCUUUCUUCUGUCAUGGAAUGCCAGAAGAUUGGUGUGCUCCUCUCAGGAGGGAGGGUCACUUAUUGCCGGUCUCUCUGAGGGAGGGAGGAUUUCAGCCAGAGAGUGACCACCGGAGAGAAGCCCCGGGGUCUUGGGAAGUUGGCACCCAUCCCGGGGCGUUUUCCAACAGACACAUGCAGAUAAGUUGCAAGCUGCCCAGUUUUUCGGGUGUUCUAACCACAAGCUUCUAAAGUUUUAAGCAAGUCCGCGGUUGUCUAACUGGAGUAACCAUUUGACUUUUUGAAAAGGCAAGCAAGCAACCUUUCCUUUUUGGUCCCUGGAAAAAAGCAACACAUUUUUUAUUCCUCACAUUAACCUGUAAACUGUUUUCUCCUUGCAACCCAGGUGGGGCCAGUAGUAUAACACUUUCCCCUUCUCUUCCCCUUUCCAUUUUGAAGGCUUCUUGACCAUCAGAAAGAGAAUCACCAAGAAGUGUUCGCCGAGCUGCCUGAAUCUGAACAUGGAUAUGGGCAUUGGUGCCUUCGAGACGUCCUGUUGCCAAAGUUUCCUCUGCAACCUUUUUGGACACGUGGCAGCUAAAAACGAGACCCGGUGA